AUGGACCACGACAUUUACAACUCGGCCACAGCCAACUCGACCACUUUCUCAUCCUCCAAGAAGCGACGCAACACUCUGACCAAGAACCCUCCGCCUUCUGCUUACCCCUCCAAAGGAUCGCUGCCCAAGCUGCAAUCGUCUGCGGCACUUCAGCGAACGCCAUCCGCGCCGUCUCCAUAUCAGCGCAGUCACGACGCCUCCCAGUCAGCCCGCGAUUUCCACCACCGAUCCCAGUCCAACGCGUACGGCUCAUCCAGUUCUUCUCUCGAACACAUUAGCGGUGCGCCCUCGCCUAUAGUCACCUCUACCAACUUCUUCGCCGCCUCCGCCAACAGCUACCAACUGCCGCAGCACACUCCCCUCUCGCCUCAAACCUCAGAUGACCGUCACAACGACCUGAUCGGUGCGCCAUUCGACGCCUCAGGUCUUCUGUCCUCCUUUCAAGCUACCAGCAUGAACGAGAAGCAAAAUGGGGGUGGCUCGUCGCCAUUCCCUGCGCCUUUGACACACACUUACACCAGUCCCGAUCUUAGAUCUCACCCGCUUCGCAACUCACAGACCUUCGGGCCUGGCGCCGUGGCCAUGAUGGAAGUUACUCCCCCCAGAUCAGAGAACGGCACGUUCAGUCCCAAGCGGUUUUCGGGCGAGGGCCACGUCAAACCUGCCGGGCCCUUUCGCAAGAAGAGUGGCUUCUCAAGCUUCGUCAAUAACAUGCUGGGCUCUCCCAGAACCAUCAAGAUAUCUGCUCCCGAGAAUCCAAUGCACAUGAUACACGUUGGCUAUGACAAUCAGACGGGGCAGUUUACGGGACUACCUGCGGACUGGCAGAGGAUCCUGUCCGACAGUGGCAUCACCAAGGUUGAGCAAGACCAGAACCCGCAAAUGAUGAUGAACAUCGUGGAAACAUACAAGAACAACUUGGGUGGCAACGACGACGGGGUUUGGCAGAAGUUCGACCACGCGAAGCUUUCCGACUCUCCACAAAGUAGCAACAGCAGUUACCGGAACCCAGGCAGCCCUCACAUUGGCUCUAGUCCUGCCCAGUUCUCGCCCAUAGCCGGUGUUAUUUCACCACCCGCAAGUCCUCGGUUCCCACAAAAUCAUGAAGGCAGUUUCGAAAAUCCUCGAGCACCGCCGCCCAUUCCAUCAGGGACCUCUGGCAGCACAACGCCCGGCCUGAAGCCAGGUCAAACACCGACAAUCAUGAUGCCGAACCGACCUGCACCCAAAGCUCCUGCGCAGAGCCUACGAGAUCUGGCGCCCACGCGGCCUGCGCCGCCGCCUCCGAUCAACAGAGACCUGCCAUUACGGCCACCUCCGGAACAGUCCAGACCGCAGCCCGCACCAGCAUCACAGCCCAACACACCACAAGUCUCGCAAGAAGAGUCAGCAGCGCGGAGUCGCUCCAAUUCCAAAGGUCCUAGUACGACGCCUCCACGCUCACAACAAGCGAUCCAAUCUCCAGUCCAAUACCAGCAACAACAGGAGCAUGCGAUGCUGCUCGCGCAACAAGCGAUUCAAAGCAAGCAAUUGGACCGGAGCAGAAGCCAGCGUCAAGUUGCACCAGGUGCACCAGAAGUUCCACCAAAGAUUCUACCUCAGCAGUACAGCCCGAAUGUGCCACAGACACAAUUUGCUGCAGUGACAGCUGCACCAGCCUUGGACAAUGCUCCACAGGUGGCUGCCGUACCCCGACCCCGGCAGAAGCGGCAACAAAGUAACAUAGUGGACGUGACGGCAAGGUUACGCGCAAUAUGCAGCCCGGGUGACCCUACGGCGAAGUACAGUAAUCUCAACAAGAUUGGACAGGGUGCUUCUGGUGGUGUCUUCACCGCGUAUGAGGUUGGGUCGAAGAGAUGUGUUGCAAUCAAGCAGAUGAACUUGGAACAGCAACCAAAGAAAGACUUGAUCAUCAACGAGAUCGUGGUGAUGAAGGGCAGCCAACACAAGAAUAUUGUCAACUUUAUCGACAGCUAUCUGCACGAUGGAGAUCUGUGGGUCGUGAUGGAAUACAUGCAAGGUGGAUCUCUUACGGAUGUUGUGACAUUCAAUGUCAUGAGCGAAGGACAAAUCGCCGCAGUGUGUAGAGAGACCCUGUUCGGCUUACAGCAUCUUCAUUCCAAGAACGUGAUACACCGCGACAUCAAGUCGGACAACAUCCUUCUUUCGGAAAGAGGAGACAUCAAGCUCACCGACUUCGGCUUCUGUGCGCAGAUCAACGACUCGCACAACAAACGCACGACCAUGGUGGGAACACCAUACUGGAUGGCUCCGGAAGUUGUGACAAGGAAAGAAUACGGCCGCAAGGUUGACAUCUGGAGCUUGGGCAUCAUGGCGAUCGAAAUGAUCGAAGGAGAACCACCGUACUUGACCGAGUCGCCACUGCGUGCAUUGUACCUGAUCGCUAAAUACGGGACACCGCGCAUCAAAGACGAACAGGCGCUGUCGCCUGUUUUCCGAGACUUCCUCCAUUUCGCCUUGAAGGUCGAGCCUGAGAAACGAGCCAGUGCCCACGACCUGCUACAUCAUCCGUUCAUGCACAACUGUGCGCCGCUCACCAGCCUAGCUCCCUUGGUGCAAUCAGCCAGAGAAAGCAGAGCUGCUGAGAAGGCCAACAGAGUCAAUUGA